UCGCUGCCACCACGUCCCACUCCUUGGAAUGUCGCCUUUUGACCAGUGCUGAACUAUGAACCUCGCGCGCUGUCAGCACUUUUGACCCUAUUUAAACAGCCAGCGCCUCCACUUCAUUCUCUUCUCGGUGGAGAAAGCAGAGCGGUUCGUUAACCAAACAACAAUAACAACAACAACAACCACAAGAAAAAACGACAAGAUGACCACCACCGCUCAGCCCAUAUUCUCCAAGGGAGAGGACUGCAAGGCCGACUGGCACGACGCGACCGCCGGCUACAACUCUACAGACACCCACCUGGAGAUCAUGGGCAAGCCCGUGAUGGAGCGCUGGGAGACCCCGUACAUGCACUCCCUGGCGACCGUAGCGUCCUCCAAAGGUGGUCGAGUUCUGGAGAUCGGUUUCGGCAUGGCCAUUGCCGCCACCAAAGUGGAGUCGUUCCCCAUCGAGGAGCACUGGAUCAUCGAGUGCAAUGACGGCGUCUUCGCCAGGCUGCAGGAGUGGGCCAAGUCCCAGCCACACAAGAUUGUCCCUCUGAAGGGCCUUUGGGAGGAGGUAGUCCCCACCCUGCCUAACAACCACUUUGAUGGUAUCCUGUACGACACAUACCCUCUGUCAGAGGAGACGUGGCACACUCACCAGUUUGACUUCAUCAAGGGUCAUGCUCACAGGCUGCUGAAGCCCGGCGGUGUCCUCACCUACUGCAACCUGACCUCCUGGGGCGAGCUGCUCAAGGGCAAAUAUGACAACAUUGAGAAGAUGUUUGAGGAGACCCAGAUGCCUCAUCUGCUCCAGGCCGGCUUCAAGAAGGAGAAGAUUAGCACCACCACCAUGGACAUUGUGCCGCCCAGUGAAUGCAAAUACUACUCCUUUCACAAGAUGAUCACUCCCACCGUCGUCAAAGAGUAAAGUCUGAAGACGCUGCUGGGACUGCCACGUCCGCCUUUUUUCCCUUUGGUUACUUUUUUUUUACUCUCAAGUGCCUUUGCCCUGCUGACCCUCUCUCCUCAGUCAUUGUCGAUAAAUGUUUCAAUAAAUCAAGAUCCA